AUGGAGACUCUUAUCUGCGCUUUGAAUACCCGAUUUCUAGGAAGUGGAGAUGCGCAAAUGGACGAUCUCAUUUUCCUUGGUAUAAUCGUGCGCAUGGCCCAGCGAAUGGGGUAUCAUCGUGACCCUUCUCAUUUCCCCCAUAUUUCACCAUUCCAGGGUGAAAUGCGACGCCGUCUGUGGUCUCUCAUUUCUGACUGGGAUGUUCUGGUCUCUGCCCAAUUUGGACUCCCACGACUCCUCCGCGAAUUCCAAUCGGAUACUGCGCCUCCGAGGAAUCUACUGGACGAUGACUUUGAUGAAGACAUCGCGGAGCUGCCUCCGCCACGACCCAGCUCAUUUGAAACACCAACACAGUGGUUGGUAGCGAAGAACAGAUUGAUUUCGAUGUUGGGGAUGAUAACCGAUUUUUCAACGUCGAUCCGCAGACCGGCCUAUGCAGAGGUAAUGCGCAUGGACAAACUCAUCCCUGAAACAUACGAAUCCACUCCGAGUAAUCUCCGAGAACGGCCAAUGGGGAAGUCCCUCAUUGAUAGCUCGGAUAUAAUUUUGCGCCGAAUUCAACUCGUCCUUCUCCUGGAGAAGGCAAAGUGUGUCUUACACUAUCGCUACCUAGCUCCGGCAAGAACCAACGAGGCAUUUGCCUUUUCUCGCACCACAUGCAUCAAGUCAGCCUUUCAUGUCCUUGAUUACAAGUUCCUCGUGGACCAAGAAACAAAGCCAGGGGGGCGACUUUUUAAGGAACGGUGGAAGACAAUAUCCCCGAUGUUCAGAGGCAACUUUUUACUUGCGACAACUUUGCUCUGCUUGGAGCUGAACUAUCAUCUCUCAAUCGAUUUAGCUGCUAAUCCAAAGCAACUACCACUCACAAGUGCUGUGGUACACCAAAUCUUUCAGGCUCUGCGAAGGUCAUACACCAUAUGGAUUCAAUUGAAUGGCUUGUCCAAUGAAUCUCGGAAGGCAGUGCAGGCAUUAGAGUUUGUCUUCAGCAAAGCUCAAAAUCAGACGAGAUAUGUGUUUUCGGAAAUUCCUAUGAAAGCUAGCGGUUCGACAAAUGUUGCAUUCAGCCAAGCUUUCCGACCAAGUCAGCCCGGUGUUCCUGAACCUGAAAGUGCUACGUCUUUAGAUCAAGCAAUGGACAUGUCUCAGAUGCAACCGAGUGACAUUACCUCUCCUUUUUUAUACGAUAACAUCGCCCCAGAAUUGUUGGACAUGACACACAGCGUGGAUGAGAUGCUUGGGAUGUCUAUGGGCUAUCCUCAGCUGUUGGAUUUUCCACUUUGA